UACCUGGAGCUAUGGAAAGUUCUUCAGGUGCAAAUGAAAAGAAUCUGUGUUGCUUAUGCUGUAAAUCUGGACCAAUCAGCUCCAGGUUUCAAAUUGAUCGACGUGGCUAUGUUCCGGGGGAAUCAAUUCCUAUCAAGGCAGAAGUCACCAACCACAGCAACAGGAAAAAAAUGACGAGAUCAUACGCUUCAAGAUUGGAAAUAUCGCAUGGAGAAAUCCUUCCUGGAGAUUCUGAUGUAUGGAAUGGUGACCUUCUAAGGGUACCGCCCGUACCGCCAUCAGAGUUACAGGGUUGCAGAAUAAUCGAAAUUAACUACUUUGUGCAGUUUUGUGUGAGUCCUGCCGGACCCGCUUUCAAGCUAGAGAUACCACUCGGGGUGACCAUCGGGUCCAUACCACUCCGUGCCACGCUCCAGCAGUACGGGUUCGCGCCUCCUUCCCAGGGCCUCGGCCAUCCCGAGCGUUACCAGGAAGGGGCACAUGCUACUGCCCCUCCUGAAGAAAUAAUGCCGCCUCCAUCCUACGCAGAAAGUGUGUUUGGUACUGUGAACAUUAAGGACGAUGCUGACACGGAUUUUACCAAAGGAGACAUGAACUAUGCUCCUGUGUACACGUACUACAACUGGGAACAGAGGACACAGACCUCGGCGCCGAUGUAA